UUUCAAUAAGCAACUCACCUCGAAGUCGCAUUAUGGCGGCCAACUUUUUUAGUAAUAAGGCUCGCGCAGCCGCCGCAUUCAGCAGCUCAAAGCAAAAGCCCACAGAAGGAAAGGAGGAGCAAUCGCGAUUGCAACCAUGGGUUGAAAAAUACCGUCCGAAAACGUUAGAUGAUGUCGCUGCGCAGGACCACACGACUAAGGUGCUUCAGCGGACACUGCAAGCUUCUAAUCUCCCUCACAUGCUCUUCUACGGCCCUCCAGGUACUGGAAAGACGUCUACAAUCCUCGCCCUCGCCAAAUCUCUCUUCGGCCCUGCCCUUUACCGUUCCCGAAUCCUCGAACUAAACGCCUCCGACGAACGUGGAAUCGGAAUCGUCCGUGAAAAAGUAAAAGGCUUUGCCCGUGUCCAACUUAGCCAUCCCACCGGGUUAGACGCCGAAUAUUUUGAAAAGUACCCUUGCCCUCCGUUCAAGAUUAUCAUCCUGGACGAAGCAGACAGCAUGACGCAGGAUGCGCAAUCCGCCCUACGUCGUACAAUGGAGCAGUACAGUCGAAUAACACGAUUCUGUUUGGUCUGCAACUAUGUCACUCGUAUUAUUGAGCCUCUUGCCAGUCGAUGCAGCAAGUUCCGCUUCAAGCCGCUGGACAACUCAGCCGCUGGGGAUAGGCUAGCGCAGAUCGCGCAAUUAGAAAAGUUAUCGCUUGAGAAUGGGGUUGUGGACAAGCUGAUAUCGUGCAGCGAUGGCGAUCUACGACGUGCUAUUACAUACUUACAGAGUGCGGCAAGGCUAGUAGGGGCGGCGAAGGCUGCAAAAGACGGGGAUGAGGACGAGGAAAUGAAAGAUCAGGGGUCUGAUAUGAUCACCGUCAGCACUAUUGAGGAAAUUGCCGGCGUUGUCCCUGAGAGUGUUCUGGAUGGGCUAAUCCAAUCGCUGCAACCGAAGAGGAUGGGUUCUCCGUAUGAAGCAGUUUCGAAAGUGGUGACGGAGAUUGUGGCGGAUGGCUGGAGCGCAACGCAAAUACUUUUACAGUUGUAUCGACGAAUGGUCUACAAUGAUGCUAUACCCGAUAUUCAGAAGAACAAGAUCGUACUGGUGUUCUCAGAAAUGGAUAAGCGGCUAGUGGACGGUGCUGACGAGCAUCUAUCUAUUCUGGAUGUUGCUUUAAAAAUCUCUGGAAUUCUCGGCGGAACUUGA